CGUGUGUCUUUCCCCAACAAAAUGUUGGAGUAUCUUCCCAACUGUUUGGGCAGUCUAAAAUUUCUUGAUGAGCUAAUAGUCUCUGGUUGUUCAAGGCUCAAAAAUCUUCCAGAUGUCCGGAAUAGCUUAAAACAGCUCCAGAUUUUACUUUUUGAUGGGACGGGAGCGAACGAGAUGCCAAGCAUAUCGUGCUUCACUGUAUACGAAGGGCCUGCUGAUAAUUUCUUAUAACCUUUUGGGUCAUAUGACACCGUGAGGGAAUAGGCUUGUGGUGUUAAUGGAGUAUCCUCACUACGACAUCUAUGUUUGAGUGGAAAUACUUUUGUCAGCCUGCAGCCUGACAUCGUAAAACUUUAUAAUCUAAAAUUGCUUGAUGUGAAGCAGUGCAAGAAGCUGAGGUUUGUUCCAACGCUUCCACCUAGACUUCAGUUUUUUGAUGCACAUGGCUGUGAUUCACUGGAAAGAGUUGCAAACCCUCUGGCCCUUCCUUUGUUGUCUGAGCAGAUCCAUGCCAAAUUCAAUUUUUCCAACUGCAACAAGUUGGAUGAAGACGCAAAGGAUAGUAUCAUAUCCUAUUCUCGGUGGCGAAGCCAGUUAGUGCUAGAUGAACUCACUCGUUACAAUAAGGUCUGUCUCUCUCUCUAUCAAUUUCCAGUCUUCCUGUAUGUAAUCUUCCGGCAUGGUUCAGUCACCGAGCCUUUGGACCGGUGUUAAGGUCAAAUCUGCCUCCACACUGGAGUGACAAUAAGUUAACUGGAAUAGCCCUUUGUUCUGUUAUCUCAUUUCCUGACUACCAUGAGCAGAGGAAUCCUCUCUUAGUGAAAUGUACUUGUGUGUUCAAUAAUGAAUAUUAGUCUCGUAUUCGCUUUAGUUGUAUUAUUGGCAGUUGGAGCAAAUCAAGUAACACACCAGGAAAGAUUGAAGCGUCUCAUGUCUUUAUUGGCUAUACCAGUACAUUGGAUAUCAAGAAAUAUGUUGAGGUGCGGAUGUAGUCAUACUGAGGCUUUGUUUGAAUUUCAAGUGACUGAUGGUACAAAAGUGUUAGAAGGUUGUGAGGUGCUGAAGUGUGGCUUUAGUUUGUACUAUGCAACCGAUGAAUUGCGGAUAAAAUCUACUGUCAGUGGCCCUCUUGAAGCAAAUCAGUACAUAUCGUAUUCAGAAAACGUGACAAUCUCGAAUGUAAGACCGGAGAGCGGAACAGAAGAGAGAUCACCAGCGCAAAGAACCGCUACCAGUUACCAACCACCGACCACUGAGUCUCGUGUAUCUCCUCAUGUGUAUGGAACAUCGGAUAUGGACCCCCUGUUGUCUGGGGAACCCCAACAAUACAGAGCCGACCUUUUUCCCGCAGUUGCAUCUUCUUCUUCUCAAGCUGGACUUGGACGAAGUCAUUCUCAGAUUUUUGUCAGUUUUCAUGGAGGUGACCUGCGCAGGACCUUUGUCAGACAUCUCGUUAGUACUUUGACAGAUGCUGGGAUCAGCGUCUUCACAGACAAUGAUAAGGGAAAUGGGAUAAAACUACAAAAUUUCUACAAGAGGAUAGAGGAGUCUAAGAUUGCAGUCGCCAUCUUCUCCGAGAGGUACAUCGAGUCACAUUUUUGCUUGGACGAGCUUGUAGCAAUGGACAAGCUUGUAAGGGAAAACAAACUCUUGGUGAUUCCUGUCUUCUACAAUGUGAAACCAAGCGACGUGAAGCAUCUCAAGGGAGAAUUCGGUAGACGUUUCAAAGAGAUGAGAGUAAGAUACAAGGACGAAGCUGAGAAGGUCCUGAAGUGGGAGACUUAGGUGAAGUCCAUUGCGAAGACAAUCAGCUUGAGCUUACACUCAAAACUUUACGGCGAAGAUGCCUCUCUUGUUGAAGCGACUGCCGAGCUAGUUCAGAGAGCGCUUACCAAAAUACCUGAAGUAAAUCCCAAGUCCCUGGGAGGAGGCAAUAAGGGGGUUAUUUUUGCGACUUUUAUAUUCAGUCACUUCACGUUUCACUUUUACAAAUUACAUUCCUUGUUACUGGAUCUUCUGCUUGUGGUUGUUUUUGUUGUGGUCUGCUACCACCUGAAUUAUUUCGGCUGGAGAAACCAGAAGAAAAAAUGGCCUGCAACUACUACAUCACCACCACCUUUAGCUCAGUCAGACAACAUAUUCAGGAAAUGGUUUGGUUCUGUUGUUUGCGUUCCAUCAACAAAGGAGCCAAGGACGAUGAGAGAUUUACCAGCCACAAGGAUCAGUGAGUAUUCUGUUUCCUCUAUCUUCUCCAAGGAAGAAGCUCCAAUUGCCACCCAACUCUCCAAUUCAAUACCAGAUCCAAGUACCUUUCCAAAGGAAAGUCUGAACCCUUUUGGGGGAAGCCAUUGUGUGAUAAGCUAAUAGAAUUUUAGUGACAAUACGGACAAAAAGCUAUCAAACUAUGUUAUGGAGUCUCAGAAAGGAAAAGCUUAUAAUUUUAAAUAUAAAAACGAUAUAAGAUGUUGAUAAUAUCUAUCAGCCGCUCAAUGUACAUUUUUCAGUUUUGUUCGUUA